CUCGGCAGCACGGUUGGUUGUCCGCCCCGGUUGUUGACGCUUGCUAGCUGUCAGAAGUCAGCUAGCAGGGAGCUCACUUCAAACUAAUGCGAUUACAUCCCCCGGCCAGGUCACGAUGCAGUUUCUGGGCCGGCUGCUGGACACGGUCUCCUCCGUGUCCAACCUUUUCUCCAACCCGUACCGGGUCCGGGAGGUCCCGCUGUCCGACUACGGCGGAGGAGGAGGCAGAGUCCGGCUGAAGGAAGAGGGGCGCAUGGUCCUGUACCGAAACCCCCCCAGCCAGUCAUGGGACUGCCUGCUCAUGUGUCCGGAGACCCCCACCGUGGCUCUCAGGCUGUUCCAGGUGGCGUCAGAGGAGGACGCCAUGAACUGGUUUCCACAGUACGCUCUGAAGCUCCGCCCCUUCUACGAGACCCUUCCCCUGAAGGCCGAGACCACCCAGCCAAUUGUGGACUGCCUUCGCAACCACCCGGACUGGAGCUCCGCCCACAUUGCCGUGGACACCGGCCUGAGGGAGUGUCUGAAACACAACUAUGUCCAGAGUCAGAUCAAUGCGCGGGACGCAUCGGGCCAGACGCCGCUGCACCUGGCGUGCGAGCGAGGCGACACGGUGUGCGUCAAGGAGCUGCUGGAGGAGAGCCAGGCUCGCACCGACAUCAGGGACCGCAACGGAGAGACGCCCAUGCACUGCGCCGCCAAGCAGGACUCUGCCGUCAUCAUCCAGGUCCUCUGCUCUCGGCUGUGCGCGGGGGUGAACGAGCUGAACAGCAACGGGGAGACGCCGAUCCAUGUGGCCUGCCGCCUGGGCCGCAUCGAGGCUGUCAACGCACUGCUGGGGGGCGGGGCCAGGUGUGACAUCAUCGGCAGCAGGGGCUACCCGAUCCACGCUGCCAUGAAGUACAGUGAGAAGAGCUGUGCUGAAGCGAUCCUCAUUGCAGACCCAAGCCAGCUGCAGGCUGAGGACGCUGUCUAUGGUGGGACGCCCCUCCACUGGUCCAAAACUGCUGAGAUGUGCCGCAUGCUGCUGGAGCAUGGCUGUGCCGUGAACUUCCUCAGUAAGACGGGCGAGAGCGCCCUCCACAUCCUCACCAAGAAGGGUCGCUUCGAGGCGGCCAUGGUGCUGCUCACACAUGGAGCCAACGCCAACCUGAGGGGCCAGGACGGGAACACGGCCCUGCACCUCGCCAUGAAGAUGGACCACAUGGAUCUGAUCAAGGCUCUGAUCGUGUUCGGGGCCGAUGUGGAGAUCCACAACGACCUGGGAGAGACGCCCGGACUCAUCGCUGCACGCACCAGCAAAGGUCCCAAUAGAAAGAUACUGCUGGAUAUGCUGUGUAGUGUAGGGGUCCAGCGGUGCCUCCCUCCCUCUCCCAACAGCCCUCCUCCCAGCUCAGCGAAGGCCACGUCUCCAGGCAUAGGAUUUGAGGACAUCAUGCACGUGGCGGCCGCAGUCGGAGCAAUGAGCAAAAGCACAUCUGUAGUGGACGGGUUCAAAGCGGGGAGGAAGAGGAUGGACAGGCUGCUGUGUCUGGACGGUGGAGGUAUAAAGGGCCUGGUGCUGAUCCAGAUGCUCAUCGCCCUGGAGAAGGAGGCCGGGCGACCCACCAGAGAGCUCUUUGACUGGGUGUCUGGCACCAGCACCGGGGGCAUCCUGGCCCUCGCUAUAAUCCAUGGUAAGUCCAUGGAGUACCUGCGCUGCCUGUACUUCAGAAUGAAGGAGCAGGUGUUCAAGGGGUCACGACCUUACGAGUCGGCGCCGCUGGAGGACUUCCUGAAGAAAGAGUUCGGAGAGAACACCAAGAUGACGGAUGUCCGGUACCCCAGGGUGAUGGUGACCAGCGUUCUGGCGGACAGACAUCCAGGGGAGCUGCACAUUUUCAGAAACUACGACCCUCCCUCCAUCCACAGAGAGCCCCCCUACGCCACCACCGCCACAUUUAAGCCCCUCACCAUCCCACAAGGAUGGGAGGAUGAGGAUGUGUUGAUUGUAGGAUUCACUGAGAAGCCGCCCAGAAAGCGUAGGAAGGUGACAGACGAAGAACAACUCGUGUGGAGAGCUGCCCGCUCCAGCGGUGCCGCCCCCACCUACUUUCGACCAAUGGGGCGCUUUCUGGAUGGAGGACUGCUGGCCAAUAACCCGACACUUGAUGCCAUGACAGAAAUCCAUCAGCACAACAAGGCCUUGAAAACCGAGGGACGAGCCGAGGAGGUGCAGAAGCUGGGAAUCGUGGUCUCUCUGGGUACAGGGAAGCCUCCUCAGGUGGUGGUCAGCUCUGUGGACGUCUUCCGGCCCUCCAACCCUCUGGAGCUGGCCAAGAGCUUCGUAGGAGCCAAGGAGCUGGGCAAGAUGCUGGUGGACUGUUGUACGGACUCUGACGGCUGUGCGGUGGACAGGGCCAGAUCCUGGUGUGAGAUGACUGACACCAUCUACCACAGACUAAGCCCCCAGCUGUCCCAGGAGGUGAUGCUGGAUGAGGUGAGUGACGCGGUCCUGGUGGACAUGCUGUGGGAAACUCAGAUGUACCUGUACGAGAAGAGAGAGAUCCUCCAGUCCCUGGCCAAGCAGCUACUAGACAACUGAC